AUGGACUCGCCUCCGAAGCAUUACCCGCUGAACGGUAGAUCUCGAAACGGCCGUCCUCGGGUGGAGACGCAGGUCGAAGAAGACGCCGACGUGAUUGUUGAGCGUUUCUGA